AUGGCUUUCAAACUCUCUGCAGGUGUGAUUGGCGGUGCUAAACAGAUGAUGGCUCUUGGCCGUCGCGGCGCAUUUGCCCAACAGCAGCUCAGAAUGGCGUCCACUAAGACGAUGACCGUUAGAGAUGCGCUUAACAGUGCCAUGGCUGAAGAAAUGGACCGUGACGACGAUGUCUUCAUCAUUGGUGAGGAAGUCGCCCAGUACAACGGCGCGUACAAAGUGACCAAGGGUUUGUUGGAUCGUUUUGGCGAGCGUCGUGUGGUUGACACUCCAAUUACAGAGAUGGGAUUCACUGGUUUGUCGGUCGGUGCCGCGCUUAAGGGCCUGAAACCCAUUGUGGAAUUCAUGUCUUUCAACUUCUCCAUGCAAGCAAUUGAUCAAGUCGUCAACUCUGCUGCUAAAACUUAUUACAUGUCUGGAGGCACCCAAAAGUGUCAAAUUGUUUUCAGAGGCCCUAACGGUGCUGCUUAUGGUGUUGGCGCUCAACACUCCCAAGAUUUCUCUGCUUGGUACGGUUCUAUUCCAGGUCUAAAGGUCCUUGUUCCUUACUCUGCGGAAGACGCUCGUGGUUUGUUGAAAGCCGCCAUCAGAGACCCUAACCCAGUUGUGUUCUUGGAAAACGAGUUGUUGUAUGGUGAAUCUUUUGAAAUGUCUGAAGAAUCGCUGUCGACUGACUUUACUCUACCAUACACCGCUAAGGUCGAGAGAGAAGGUACUGACAUUUCGAUUGUUACCUACACCAGAAAUGUGCAACUAUCGCUCGAGGCUGCUGAGGCGUUGGAAAAGCAACAUGGCGUUUCCGUUGAAGUUAUCAACUUACGUUCCAUUAGACCUAUGGACGUGAAUGCUAUCAUCAAGUCGGUCAAAAAGACCAACCAUUUGAUUACCGUUGAAUCUACUUUCCCUAACUUCAGUGUAGGUUCCGAGAUUGUGGCUCAGGUCAUGGAAUCUGAAGCCUUUGACUACUUAGAUGCCCCUGUGCAAAGAGUCACUGGUGCCGAUGUACCAACUCCUUAUGCCAAGGAAUUGGAGGACUUCGCCUUCCCAGACCCGGAUGUUAUUGCUAACGCGGUUAAGAAGGUUUUGUCUAUUGAGUAA